AUGCUUUCACAAGUAGCUAGAAGAUGCCACAAUGAAAUAUACAGAUCAGUAACAUUACAAGUCGGAUACACCAACUCAGUGUUUUUUACUGCUAUUACUAGUCAAUUGGUAGGUGUUCGCAAGUAUGCAGCUCCUAACCAACCAGAAGAUUUAGAAAAUGCUGAGCCGCUUUCACAUUUCACCAUCAAGCCAGCUCUCAAAAAACUGCCAGAUGUGAGAGGUGUUCUACCCAAAGAUAUUGAACUUCCAAAUGAUCCGGGGGCAAAUAAGACAUUUCGAGUGAUGAUGCGAGCCAUCGAUCUAGAACACAGAGUUCGUCACGAUCACGACGGACGAACCCAGCUUAUAAGCAAAUCCUCACCCAAUGCUAUUGUUCCUGGAUCAAUUGUUUUGAUUGAAUAUGUUGCUUCUCGGACCAUGGCUAAAAAACAGUAUUUUGCUGGUGUACUGAUGGCUAUUCGUCGCAAAGGAAUCAUGUCAAGCGUAGUAGUACGUAACUAUGUCAUUGGAACGGGUGUGACUCUUCAGUUUCCUGUUUACUCUCCAAUGGUACAGAAGAUCAAGGUGCUUCAGCAGGCUGCUCCUGAAUUUUUAGAAGAGCGAUCAGAUGAUAUUAGCUGGAUCUUAAAAAAGCCGUGUCCUGGAGUAGACUAUACAAAGAUUGAUGAAAUGGUGGCUCGAUAUCGAUCUGCUGAAGAUCGUCUUAUAAAACGUCAGCAACAGCAUAUGUAA